UUUGUGCGGAACAACAAAGAGGCUGUGAUAGAAAAGUUAAUUAAAAUCAUGGAUGUGGAAUUCCUGAAGUACCAAUACGAAGAUGCCCACGAUGGAAUCGUUGUUAAAAGCAAGUUCAAAUUGGGGGUCCGUCACAUUCAAAUGAUUUACAUGUUCGUUUGUGCAUUUGUAAUGGGCACCUUCCGUGGAAGCAUCGGUAUUGCUGUCCUCGCCAUGACAGAUGAAGCACGCCAAAAUGACACGUAUAUUAAGAUCCAUGACAACUGGGACAAGAUAAUACAAGGAACGGUCCUAUCCUCAUUUUUCAUUGGCCAUGCGUUAGCUUUAGUGCCUGCAGACCUCAUCCUUAGGAGGAUCGAUGGAAAAGCCGCUUUGACCAUCAUACUGCUGGUCAAUGGGGCAUUGAGUUUUACUUUACCGACUAUCAUUAAUAGGGGUGGGUGGAUAGCAACGUGCAAUGCCCUCUUCAUGAUGGGCAUGACCCAGGCCUGCCUGGCGCCGGCCACUCAGUUGCUGAUCUCAAAAUGGCUGCCUCCAACUGAGAAAAACACUUGCAGCCGCGUCGUGUAUGGAGGUGUACUACUGGGCAUAAUCGUCGCUCUUCCAGUCUCCGGUAUUAUAACCGAGGCCCGUUUAGGCUGGGAGUUGGUGAUGUAUUCCUUGGGGAUGCUCGCUGUCUCCUGCGGUGCUGUCUGCUGCCUCUUCACAGCCAGUACUCCGAAGAACCACCAGGCCAUUGGAGACGCCGAAGUCGAGUUCUUGGAACGGGCGCUGAGUUUCUAUCGCAAGAAAAACCUCCCGGUGCCGUGGCGCCGGGUGCUGAAGACGCGGGAGUUCUGGGCGGUGGCGUGCGCGCACGCAGCUUGCAGCGCCAUCUUUGUUUUCUACUUGGUCGCGGUGCCUGCAUUCUUGAAAGUGCUGAAUGCUUCAUUGAAAGAUUGUGCAAUAUACACCGUGCUACCAUUCGUGACGAUGUGGGCGAUGUAUGUGACCACGUCGCCCACCUUUGACUGGCUAAGCAGGCUUGGUUACGUGACUGUUAUUGCCAACCUCAGCUAUUUCAGGAAGUUGAUUAAUGCUAUGGGUGCGUUCGGGAUGGCCAUCGGCUUAACCAUUCUGCCCAAUUUGGUGCCCGAUUGGAGUAAUUUCGUGAUUAUAGUAUUAACUGCGACGUUAGGAUUAGCCGGCCUACAGCUCUCCGGGUUCCUGAAAACUCUUACUGACAUGUCUGAAAAUUUUUCUGGGACCCUAUUUGUAAUGUCGAGUGGGAUUGCUAGCGUCGCCGGAGCUGUGACCCCGCUGGCUACUGGGCUCAUUCUUGGUGAUAAUGAGGCAGACCUUAAAAGAUGGAAGAUAGCAUUUCUAUCCCUCGCAAGUUUCUGCGUGGUUUGUAACGUGAUAUACACAGUUUUUGCAAGCAGCGAGCGGCAGGAGUGGGACGAGGUUCGGAAAAGAAAGAUCGUAGGUUAUCACAAUGUUUCAAAUCAAAUACAGCUGGAAGACUUGAGCCAUAGAAAACUAAAUGCAGAUUCGGAUAUUUAUUAAAGAAAAUUAAAUAUACUCGUAAGUUGUAAAGGUAAUUUAUUUAA